UUCCACCGCAAGUAAAGUGCACGACGGGGUCAAGGCCAAAUUUAAUUUUGCGUGUUUGUUUCAUACGAGCAGCUUAUUCUUGUUUAUAAAACCCCUUAAAAUGGUUCAAGCAUGGAUUAUGAACGAUGAUGGGACUGACCAAAGAUUGGAACAUAAAACUGACCCACCGCAGUAUGUUGACUUAGCCGAGUUAAAGAAAAGAACUGGGAUCAUGUAUUGGGAGAUUGAUUCCGACACCUACGAAACCAACGAGGAGUUAAAACAAAUCCGUAAAGAACAAGAUUAUUCGUAUGAAGAUGAAAUUACGAUAACAGAACAAGCUUUACCUAAUUAUCACGAAAAGCUGAAGAUUUUCUUUAUGGAGCAUCUGCAUUCUGAUGAAGAAAUAAGAUAUAUCCUGGAUGGUAGCGGCUACUUUGAUGUUCGAGACUCUGAUGAAAAAUGGAUUCGUAUUAAAGUAGAGAAAAACGACAUGAUAACCCUGCCUGCUGGUAUAUACCACAGGUUUACACUGGACGAUAAGAACUAUAUAAAAGCCAAGCGAUAUUUUGUCGGUGUACCAGUCUGGACUCCCAUUAAUCGACCUGCUGACGAACAUCCGGCACGACAAAGUUAUAUUAAGACGAUGAAGGGACAAUAAGUCUUAAGACUAUGUCAAUGAAAUCUGAUAAAUUGAGAUGUAAUAUUC